CCAUGAAACCAACGGCUUGGCCCUGUUUGCGAGAGUAAGCGCAGGCGAAUACAAGUGAAUACAAAGUCGAAACGCCGGGCGAGGGUGCUCGCCUGGCGUUACCGCAAGUCAGCUUCAAAGAAAGUAGACGCCAAGACCUUGACGAUCCAACCACUGCGAAGCUUCGCUGUACACAAUCCACAACCAACACCUCCCACUCCAUCGCUGAAGCAACUCGGCCAAGAACGCAAGGCCUUCUCUCCUCUGCUCCUCCCCGAGCGUGAGAUAUCCCGACCCCGAACGAGAACCAGCUUCUCCCCCGUACCCGCGAUUGCCUGCAGUUGGAAGCCGAACCUCCGCAUUCUGCUACCGUAACCGCAUCUAUCCAUCCACCUCGCGCGCCCGCCCACCCGGAGCACCACCUCGACGUUUCUACGGAAGCGGUCUGAUCCUCCCCGUGGCGACGCUCGAACUUUGACCUUAGAUCCCAGGAUUGUUAUGGCAGAGCAGAUUACCCAAGAUGUGGUAAAGGAAGCACAGUCGGCGGGUAAUGCUUUGCCCGUCGACGUUAAUGCGUCAACUACCAACACUACCGCCGGCAACGGCCCAGCUGCCACUGACCCAAGUACCCUCGAUUCCCAGCGCGAUAACAACCCUCCUGAAACGAACGAGACUACGGAACGUUUGGCGAAUGGCGAUAACAGCGACAGCUUCACCCCCGAGUCCCAACAGGUUGGAGCAUAUGCUAGUGGAAGCUCCGACACAGAUAUCAGUCGCCCCGGAAGCGUUGAUCAAGCUCAGCAAGCCAGCGGCCAUUUGCGUACCAACUCGAUCAAGAAGCCCACCUCCUUCAAAUCCGUCUCCGUGACUAAGAACUUCCUGGCUAAAUCGGCCGUCUCCGCACCGGCUACACGGUCUGGCGACAAAGCUACGCCACCCGGACAACCGAGUUCAUCUGCACUAUCGUCCGCGAAGCCACGUCUAGUAGCAAAAUCUGGUAGCGGAAAUGUGCCUCGCGCUGUAGGGCAAAUGAACGGGGCAGGUUCUGGACCGGACGGAAGCAAGGUGUGGAACAAGAAUCAACCUGUGCCUCCGCCUCCGCCGAAGCAGUUCACCGAUGAAGAGUUGAAACAACAAUAUGGAAUUCACCUCGCGACCCGCUUGCAAGCCGAUGAAGGUAGCAAAGAAGCGAAAUGGGCAGACAUCGACGAUGACGAGGAUGACUGGGCACCCGAGACUGUCCAAUGGAUGGAUGGAACAAAGUCGACUGUUGCAGCGGUCGAGAGUCAACCGGCGCCCGCUCAUGUGGAGGAACCCAAACCCGUGGCCAAACCACCGUCUCCCGCAGUGAUUUCAAACCCCACGACCCCAGCUCCAGUUACCAGCGCUCCAAAGACGACUUUGACAGGAGGCACCAAGACGAUCCUCAAGCCUGGCGCGCACACUCCCAAACCAAAAGGACAGCCUGACAAGCCUACUUUGGUAGCUAAACCAUCUACAUCUGCUCCCGUCAAGUCACCAUGGGCCCCUUUACCCCCAGUCGAGAAGGUCUCGCCUAUUGCGAUAAACCCUCCAGCGCAACUACCCUCUUCUUCUCGGUAUUCUCGGGAUGUUGCCAGCGGAUACGAUACUAUGCCACCACCAUCGAUGCCCGCCAAGGAGAUUGCUCCAGAUGAUUUCAACCGUUCAUGGCGCGACGAACGUGGCAACCGAGAACUCUUCAACUCGCAUAGUGGCCGUUAUGAACCGGUUCGCGAUGUCCGUAGAGGUUCGAUACGUGAUGGUAAUGCUCGUCAGCAACCCUCGGUUUUGCAGCGUCCGUCACAUGAUGGGCCUGCCGAACCAUCUGCGGCUUUCCAAACAUCAAGGUCAAGCGCAGACGUUCCGACUUGGGGUCGUCGAAGAAACUCCUCCAAUGUCAGUGGCGGAAGCGGCCGCAUGUCAUUCGAUAUGCGCGGCGUGGACCAUCCAUCCGCAUCUAUGAGCAUGGCACGGCGGGAGUCUCAAUCGAUGCAGGCUGUGGACCCCGGCACGACAGGGCCACAACGUCAUGCAUUACCUACACGCCCGGUAUCAAAUGAUCAACAGUCCUCAUCUCUGGUACCUAGGCCAUCACCCAGUAUGUCACAAGUACAGCCGGCGUCACCGUUAGGAUCUAUCACUUCUCAAGAUGCUACCACCCCAGGCGGUGGCGCUCCACCAAUUCAAAACCUAGUUGAGGUACAGCAGCGUGUCAUGCAGGAGAAGAUAGAUUCGAUCAAGCUUCGUAAACAGAAAGAAAUGGAGCGAGAAGCGAAGGAAGAGGCUGAGCGUAAAGAGCGUCUACGUAAAAAGAUGGAAUCUUUAGGGUUUACCGACGAGCCCAAGAAGGAUACAGAGGCGCCACCUCCAAAAUCUCCUCUGAAAGAGAAAGCAGUACCGGCUCCACUACAGUCACCACCCAAGCCACCUAUGCCCUCGUCAGAAGGCGAGUUUGCACAGUACGGGAUGAUCAAGGUCCACCCGCAGCCUGUGAAGAAAGCAUCGCCUCCCGACGCACUAGCUUCUAAGCCUCGUGCUGCCAGGCCAGGCCCUUCCUCUGUAGACAAACAAGCACAACCCGAGCUAGAGCCGAAGGCGUCGACGCCGUUUGCUCAAGGUUCGAGCGCGCCAAGCCUCAGUCGCGACCCUCACACCAACCGGGCAGAGCAAACGCAGACACUCACACCAACCCAGACGCAGCUACAAACACAACCUCUGCAACCCGGCUACACAUCUACAAACCCUAGUCAGCCAACACAGGCAUCGUCAAAUUGGUCGAACCCGUCGCUUCCUCAGCAACCACGACCCUGGACGUCCGCCGUGUGGGGUCCUCCACCCACCAAAGACAGGGCUCUCGGGAACGGUACAUUCGGACAACAAGUUGUUCCGCAGCCGCAGGCAAGCCAGGCACCAAUUGGCGUGAGCCCCGCACUGAAACCGUCUACACAGCAUCAGCAGACUGCUCCCGCUCAGCCUUUCGCGGCCCAGCCCAUCUACCCUCAAAGCGCAGCUAUCCCGAAACAAACCAGCAUGCCGCCAAAGCCUCGUCAGCUCGCCCCAGGAUGGGGAGAUUUCCAAGCUCAGAUACGCCGUGAUGAUCAAGCGACUAUUGCCAAAGCACAGCAAGAUUUUGAGCGUUUUGGAGGCGAGUCUUUCAUUCCCGAGAUUAGAGAGACUUUCAAAGAUGGCAAAGGCCGGACACAAACCACCUUGCAUGCUCAGAUUGGUGGUAUCGAUAUGAAGACGCCUCAAGAUGGAGGUGCGCUCGAUCUGAAAUCGAAAGAAGAGUUGCCUCGAGCCGCAAUCGAUGGUCCCGCAACAACUCAUACAGUCGGUCAAGGCCCACAUAUCCAUCCGGCAGCCCAGGGCCCUCGAUCGUCGCGAUUCUUUCCUCGGUCCUCGGACACGGCGCCUCCAGCACCUGCGGCGAUUGUGGGAGACUCUCCACCACCACCAGAGACGCAGUCUCAUCCAGCCCAUAGCGGUGACUCUACAUCCCCUGUUGUGAAUCUUCCAAGGCCUGCACCUCGCGUACGAUUGCCUCCUCCCAUGGUGGAGCCUGCCGUGCAACCCGAUGCUCCUGUAAGCAUGCCUCCUCGUACUCGUCUUGGUUCUAGCAUCGGACAACGCCCUCUAGUUCUCUCGGAAGAAUGGCAAACUAGGUUCAACAACCUGCUGGCUCCCUCGUCAGCUGGCACAUCUAUACCAGGUGCUCAACCCCAUGUCUCCAGUCAAGCGGUCGGCCAGAAUGCUGGCUCGUUUGCUAUCGCUGCUUCGUCGAAAGCCCCGCUCGACGUCCGUCAGACUUCGAGUCCAGCAACCGUGUCACUUCCAAACUCUACGGGCAGGAGGGUUUUCGCCAUCGAUAACAGUAGCGCUGUCACAACGCGCACAAGUGCAGAUAUGCUACUUGAGGAUCGUGAAUUCGGUUCCUUGCCGACGGUCAAACUGUCCAAAGUCCCUCACAUGGCAGCGAACGAACCGCCAGUUGGCGCUCCUCCAUCAGGUCGACAAAACUCUCGACAAGGUUCUAAAUACGGUAGGUGGCCUGAUUCAGAGAUGUUCUCAAAGCCCUCAUACAACGGCGAAUUCGAUAAACACUCGGACCAUAUCGACAUCCGUAUCAAGGUCGGUAACAUGCAGGAAGCCGUAACCAAAUCAAUUCCUAAGCGUCGCAAGAAUGGCAAAGGACCUGGACAAGCAAAGACUCGACGCAGUUUCCAAGCUGGAUCAAGCUCACCCACUGGCAGCCAAAACCAGCGUCCACGGAAACCAUCUAAUCAUGGUUCCAACUCUGCCCGCGCUUCUUCCGGUGGACCGUGGUCGAACAGCCAGCCUUGGGGUAGGCGCACCGCUCCAACAGCUCCUGUUCAUUGA